AAUCUCAAAGUGGGUAACCCAUGUUUAAACUCAAAAGAAACACAGAAAAAAAUGCAUGUGUGCGAGAGUGUUAAAUCGCUGUUCCCUUGACCUCAUGGUUUUGGUCAUUGAAGAAGUUAGCAGUGAAUUAAGUAAAGUGCGAAAAGAAAUUGCCACACUAGAAAAUACACACCAGAUUGCCAUACAUGAGGCAACAUUUGCAGAAUUCCACACUAAAUUGAAAAACAAUGUGGACACAUUUAAAAAUGACUUACUCCGCUUUAAAAGAGAGAAAUUGCGCAAGGUGGAUGAAGACUACCAACAACACCGCGUUUACAGGUGGCUUGCAGGCGGAGGAGGAACGGGUGGAUGGCGGAGAGGACAACCAAGAUGGCGGAAACAGCGCAUCCGUACUCUCAGUACAGUGGACAGCUCUGGCGAAUCAGCCGGCGAAGAUGAUACUACGUCAUCAGGACGCGACGUUCCUGUAACACAGCACGCUGCCACAGCCGCAUCCUCUUCUAGCCAGAAAGCGAUCCAUUUUCAGCUGGACACCCUACCCACAGACCGAGGACCGAGAGAGGAAUUUUCCCCAGUGAAUACCAGGAGCGCAGGCAGAGCAGGCCGAGGCGCAUCCGGAGGGGGAAGAAGCAGAGGAGGACGUCCUCCCAGAUACCCGCAUUGACUCCAAUAUAUAACUUGUCGCAACACACGCUGACACAAGCCGAGUCAUCACUACUUUGCAAAGAAUGUAUCUAUUGGAAGAACCAGUCACACUAAUGAAUUUUCUAAUUAUCCCUCACACCUGAAAGGGGGCGUCACUGGGAGGUGGGAGUGAGCUGGGUGAGUCUUUAAAUAGUUUUCACUUUGUUGUAAUCUUUAUCUUGAUAAAGGCUCCACUCGAGAGCCGAAACGUUGAUGGAAUAAACAGUUUUACAUUUCUUGAAGAAAAUCCUGGUGUGCUUCAGCUU